AUGGAAGCUGAGAUCAGAACCCAGAUCCCUAGCAUCGAUCCCAUCCUGUCAGAGUACUCGGUGGGGUACUUGACCCAUGCCGCCAAUUCGUUUUCUUCCGACUCGGACCCCAAUGCCCCUUCCCCGCUCGAAGAAGCUGCCGCUACUGUAGCUGCCCUGCUUCUAUCUGCUUCUGGAAACCUGUCAAAAGAAAAUGAGACAGCCAUCACGAAUCUGGUUGAGAAGUUCAUCUCACGCCUCAAUGCAGCAAACGGCACAGACGGCGAACGCCGUCAGAUGGCUCCCUCGGCAAAGAAGCUUGACCAAGCAGUCCACGUGGGCUCCUCAAAGAACAUGUCCGCGACCCUGGGUCUGUCAGGCGGCACUGUUGAUCUUGAGUCAGCCAACACACGUAAGGUAGAGUCGAGGGUCGACCGAAAGAAGCUCGAGAAAGCCGAACGUAAACUGCGUGCCAAGCAAGACCGCAAAGAGUUCAAGAACGUCGAAUAUGAGGCAUCCAAGUUGCUCGACAUUCCCAAUGAGACUCAGAGCUAUGAAGAGUUUUACAUGGCUGUCAAUCCUCUGCAGGUGGGUAGUGACUCUGCCAACAAGAGUAAGGAUAUCAAGAUUGACAGCUUUGACGUCUCUAUGCCUGGUCUGCGUAUCCUGACUGAUGCCUCUCUGACAUUGGCGUAUGGUCGACGAUAUGGUCUGGUCGGUCAGAACGGUAUCGGUAAAUCUACGUUGCUUCGAGCUCUUGCUCGACGUGAAGUCUCGAUUCCUACACAUAUCUCCAUUCUCCACGUAGAGCAAGAGAUCACUGGUGAUGACACUCCUGCCCUCCAAGCUGUCUUGGAUGCAGACGUCUGGCGAAAGCACCUUCUUAAGGAGCAAGAGAAAAUCACCAAAGAACUCAAUGAGUUGGAAGCAGAACGCUCUUCAAUGGCAGACACAUCUGCAGACGCCGCAAGGCUUGACAAGCAGCGUGAAGGUCUCGACACAACUCUCAGCGAUGUCCACGCCAAGCUUGCGGAGAUGGAAUCUGACAAAGCAGAGUCCAGAGCGGCAAGUAUCCUCGCUGGUCUUGGUUUCUCAACCGAGCGUCAACAGUAUGCCACAAAGACCUUCUCUGGAGGAUGGAGGAUGCGUUUGGCUUUGGCAAGAGCUCUGUUCUGCGAGCCCGACUUGCUACUCCUCGAUGAACCGUCUAACAUGUUGGACGUCCCAUCUAUCACCUUCUUGGCGAACUACCUCCAGGACUACCCGAGCACAGUGUUGGUCGUAUCCCACGACAGAGCUUUCCUCAACGAGGUCGCCACCGACAUCAUCCACCAACACUCCGAGCGACUCGACUACUACAAGGGUGGUAACUUCGACUCCUUCUAUGCCACCAAGGAAGAGCGACGCAAGACUGCGAAGCGCGAGUAUGAGAAGCAAAUGGCAGAACGUGCGCAUUUGCAAGCUUUCAUCGACAAGUUCAGGUACAAUGCUGCCAAAUCUUCUGAGGCUCAAUCCAGAAUCAAGAAGCUGGAACGUAUGCCGGUCCUGCAGGCACCAGAAGCGGAGUACACGGUCCACUUCAAGUUCCCUGAAGUGGAGAAGUUGUCGCCUCCUAUCAUUCAAAUGAGCGGUGUUUCUUUCGGUUACAGCAAGGACAACAUCCUCCUGAAAAACGUCGAUCUCGACGUGCAGCUCGACUCACGUAUCGGCAUUGUCGGUCCCAAUGGUGCUGGAAAGACAACAGCUUUGAAGCUGCUCAUUGGCGCACUGACGCCUACAUCUGGUCUGAUCUCGCAGAACCCUCGACUUCGAGUAGGCUUCUUCGCCCAGCACCACGUCGAUGCUUUGGACUUGAACAAUAGUGCUGUAGGAUUCAUGGCCAAGCAAUACCCUGGCAAGCCGGAUGAAGAGUACCGUCGUCACCUGGGCGCUUUCGGUAUCACCGGUAUGACGGGCCUCCAGAAGAUGGCGCUGCUGUCCGGAGGUCAAAAGUCGCGUGUUGCUUUCGCCUGCCUCGCCUUGACCAACCCACACAUUCUCGUUCUGGACGAGCCUUCCAACCACUUGGAUAUCGAAGCUAUGGACGCUCUGUCAGAAGCGCUGCAGAAGUUCCAGGGUGGUGUGCUGAUGGUUAGUCACGAUGUCACGAUGUUGCAGAACGUAUGCACAAGCUUGUGGGUGUGUGACAAUGGUACGAUUGAGCACUUCGACGGUUCGGUGCAGGCGUACAAGCGCAGAAUCACAGCACAGGCCAACGAGGCUGGUGUUGCUUCCAGAUCAGACGGCUUGUCCGUAUCCACUCUUUUGUCCCCAAACUCCAGCGACAGCGACACGUCCCGCCCACCGUACACAGUCACAGCACCCGCGAGGGACGCCGCAGUAUUGACGACAGCUGGCGAAUCACCGUACCCCCCUUCCUUCUCGUCUCUCUUCUUCCCCUCUGAGGAUCCCGUCGAGGCGCGCAACAAGCCCAACGAACCCACACAGCGCAAGGCACCGCCUGCGUUUGCACCAGCACCUUCAUUCACCGAGUCGGCAUCCUCAGCAGCCACCGUUGCAGCGACCAAAGCAGUCCUACCGCGCGAUACCAAAGCCGGCUCUAGCAACAAAGAUAUCGACGACGGAGAACCGCCGCCGCCCUACACCGAAGGAACCAGCCCGCUUGAUUCAUUCACUUACGUCAUGGCUUCAGCAGGAGGUCCCGCGAGUAUCAUUACUCAAGUCUCCCAGACAAGUCAAGGGCCCCCAAUCAAUGCCUUGGGUGGAGGUUCAGAUGAGAACAUCACUCUGGAGUUGAGAGGAACACGCUUCACCUUGUCGCGCGAUGAGCUCCUGACUCUGCCCGAAUUCGUCCUCCUCUCCCUGUUCCCCAACGGUCUCCUCCCUGAUGGCCACAUGAACUCGUACCAUGAUGGCGAUGUGUAUCCUGUCGACGUGGGUAAACCUGAUUCCUCCCCUCCUCCCCACCUCCCCAUGGGCACACUAGCCAAGAUCAUGUUCCACCUCUCCAAUCCCGCGAUAUAUUUAUCUGACAAUCUCUAUCCUUCACAGUACGACCCAAACUCCCUCCAGUACAUGCUCGAGUUCUUCCGCAAUGUAGCCCAGACGAUCCCUGCGUCGCCUCCUUCGCCGACUGCUGCCCCCGACCACGCUGCUGAAGCAGUGCCCAUCGAGCCCAUGCACGGUUCCGCAAGAGACAUGCUGCAAGAUCGCGCUGGUAUCAUCGUUCUCCGUGAGGACCUAGACUUCUACGUUAUCCCUCCCCACCGCGACAUUGCCCAACCAGAAAUGAUUGAGGUUAAGCGCGCCGCAGGAGAGGCUCUGUUGGGACAAGAGGGUAUCUUCUCCGGUCUUAGGAAGAGCGAGGAGCCUGGAACCACAGAACAGCACCUCAUCGAGAUGCUGACUGCAGGCGGCUUCAACCACGACGAUCACUGGGGCCACCGCGCUGGUGAGCCCAACAAGGCUGUCAUCUGCAGUAUUGCUCUUGCGCGCCUAAGGACCGACAUCAAGGGUAACGAUUUCGCCAAUAGCAACGCCGUUGGUAUGGCACAGAAGCUGUUGCUCUUCUGGAGGAAGCCCGCUCGCCGAUGCUGGUGGGAAGGUGUUGAGCUUGAUAACGUCAGAGGUGUAGAAGGCAAGCUCAAAGUCUGGAUAAGAAGGGUUUGGACGCUCGAGAUGAGCGUCAUCGGUCUGCGUUAA